AUCGGUACAGAGGAGAAACGCAGAAGGCAUACUCUAGAUGUCUUCCACAGACAUGAAUGGAUAUUGGAAAAUGAUAAGCAAUGAAAACUUUGAUGAAUACAUGGAAGCACUUGAUAUAAAUAUUGUCACCAGAAAAAUUGCCAGCUAUCUCAUCCUUGAUAAGGAGAUUGUUCAGAAUGGUGAUCAUUUUAAUAUCAAGACUCUCACCACCUUUAGGAAUUACCACAUGGAGUUUGAUGUUGGAAAGGAGUUUGAGGAGGAUUUGGUCGGUAUAGACGAUAGGAAAUGCAUGACUACAGUAAACUGGGAGGGAGACAAACUGGUGUGCGUACAGAAAGGAGAGAAGGAGGGAAGAGGCUGGACACAAUGGGUGAAAGGAGAUGAGUUACAUGUGUGCACGGAAAAAUCUGGAAGCACAAUGUUGUUUACAAAAAACAAAAAGGGAGGAAGAGGAAUGCUGUACAGAAGCUUCAUUGGAAAUGCAAGCCUGUGGCGUGGUGUGUAAGCAAGUUUUUAAGAAACAAGUUCUCGACUGAGACAUGACUGCAACCUCCCCUACAUGGAUGGUGAACGUUUGGACUAAGCUUUGUACAACAAAAUAAAAUGGGAACACAUAGACACAAACAGUAAAUACAAUACUCUGAUAUUGUUUGUUAGGUUCUGGGUCUAGUGCAGAGUGAUCCAGCAGAUGGAAAUAAAUUCAAUAAAUCAAAUGAUUUGUAGAAGGAAUAACUUUAAUUUGUAAAAAUUAAUAAAUGAAAUAAAAUCAAUCUAAAGAAAAAUAAUGAAGAAAUGUAACAAUACAGAAAUAAAAAAGUUUGGUUAUAAAUGUUGAGUAAAUAAAUCUAAAAAUAUAGCCAAGGACUAAGUCCUGGAACAAAACUAAUAAUACAAAGUAUUGCCACGUCUAAGGAACUAAGUAAAUGAGAAAAAGUCAAAGUAUAUAUCUGAGAUGAUCUGAGGCUUCAGAUCUGGAGUCAGAUGCGGAGCGCAAAAAGUGAGAGAUUAGUCUGCCAACCAAAGAUUCGUUAGGGUCUUUAAUACCCUAUGUGUACGUGCAAAAGCACUUCCUUUUCAGGUGCAAGAGUUCUGCGUGAUGUGGUGUCAGGUCAGUGCGCUCUGACCUACUGAGGUGGGAAAGCUGUGGUUAAGUCAUAAUGUCCAAAACAGACCCCCUUGCAUGUUUGUUCUAGCUAGGUACUGCAUUGUAAAAUUCUGAGCUCAGCAUGAUGAGCAAAGCAAUAGAAUAAAGAAUAAAAACCAGACACUAAGGUCUAUCUGACUCCGAUUCUGAGGUCUUUGGAGGGAUUAGAGUUUGCAUGAACUCUCAUACAGUGUCAUACAAAGAGAACAACCAAAUAUUCCAGCAUACAUGUUGAAUAUAAUUGAGUACAUUGAUAGUAUGAAUGUACAGAUACAUGAGUACAAAGAUGAUAUGAAUGGAGAAAUUAGUACAUUAAUGUGGAUAUAUGAAUGUGAUUGCAUAACUGAUUAUAAUUGAUCUCAAGCAUGAUAUCAAAAGUAUAAAAUAAGGAAAAUCAUCUGGCCACAUGCAUCAUGGUCUUAUCUGUUAAGUUAUGUUCUGGCUCAAACAUACUGCCAAACUGUCAAAAUACUACUACUACUACUACUACUAAUAAUAAAAAGA